UGCGCAAUCUGCGCAUGCGCGGAGUCAGAGCGCAGGCGCAGUGCGCAGCUCGAUCCGGGCCUGCAGUAGUGGAGCGAUCAGCUCGUCAUGGCGCGGUUCCGUGUGCUCUCGCUUUCGCUCUCACUCCUGUUUGUGGUUCAGUCGGUCGUGUCGAUCUCAUUCUACCUACCGGUUCGCAGCAGAAAGUGUCUACGGGAGGAGAUCCAUAAAGACGUGCUCGUUACCGGAGAAUACGACAUCAGCGAGCAGCCAAACACGAAAACCAACCUGAAGAUCACAGACUCCUCUGGACACAUCCUUUAUGUGAAAGAAGAUGCAACCAAAGGCAAGUUUGCCUUCACCACUGAGGACUAUGACAUGUUUGAGGUGUGCUUCGAGAGCAAGUCACCUAUGGGAACUGGAAGAGUUCCUGACCAACAGAUCAACUUGGACAUGAAGCACGGUGUUGAGGCCAAAAAUUAUGAAGAGAUUGCCAAGGUUGAAAAACUGAAGCCCCUGGAAGUAGAACUCCGUCGGCUGGAAGAUCUUUCAGAAUCUGUUGUCAAUGACUUUGCCUACAUGAAGAAGAGAGAGGAGGAGAUGAGAGAUACUAAUGAGUCCACCAACACACGCGUGCUGUACUUCAGCAUCUUCUCCAUGUGCUGUCUGAUCGGUCUGGCCACGUGGCAGGUCUUCUACCUGCGCCGCUUCUUCAAGGCCAAGAAGCUCAUUGAGUAAAAUCUGCUUGUAAAUUCAGGGACCCAGAACUUCUUCCUGACAUCAGAACCUCCGGCCCCUGACAUUUUGCUUUGCCUCGGCGAUUUAUUCCAGUCGCCGCGGGUGACCUGAAGUUUAUCGGGAGUGGACGUGCAUCAGGGAAUUCUCUGGGAAGCGAUUGAUGCUUGGCGGCCAAAUUGUCUUUCAUUGCGUGUACAUUUUUGAUACAAGCUUGUUCAGUAUCAUUUUUUGAAACCCCCCCCAUUGUUUCACAUGAACAGAUUGUAGACUGAUGUGUUUAGCUGUCUAUAUUAUUUCUGUAAAGACUUAUGUUUGGUAAUACAAAGCCAUUUUAUCAAAACGAAGUCCCACUCACUGCAAGUGAAGAGAGAGCGAUCGCACAUCAGAGCUUCAAGCUGUCAUAUAUCAUUCUGACUUUGAGAAAUGUACUAAUUUUUAAGCAGUUUUAUUUUGUGGGGCAGCAUCUCUUUUUAGUUUGCUUAUUAUGGGAAAGUGUGAGUUCAUCUAUGAUUGGUUGUUGAUUGUUAGUUUCUCCACAGACUGAAUAAAUGUUCAAUCCAACAGAACUCCUGCAGUGGGCCUGAGGUUAAAGAUGCAUUAAUGCCAUCGCUUGAUUCGUUACAGGAUCUUCCUGUGUUUGACAGAUCAUACUAGACUUUGAUUUUUCAUUUUCUCUUCUUUUCAAAUGCUUUUAUUGGAAUAGUGGUUACACAUGUCCUGGGUAGAAGGUUUGGAUCAGAUUUAUUGUUAUUAUUUGCUGCCAGUGGUUUAAUUUUUUUUGCUCCAGUGUUCAUUCAUUUUCAAAGGCGAUGUUUUUGAUUCUAAUUAAUUUUGGUGAAAUCGGAAAUAUAAUUGGCUCGUCAUUCAAUAAAAAUUGUUAGUAAAGUA